AUGCAAAUACUCCAUAUUACGAAGCUUGUGGCCCUGCUCACAAUCGGUGCCACUGCCUUGCCCACCUCAGGUGGCUCCGGAGUUUACACCCGCGACGUAGACCAACCACAGGAAGGCGUCGUUGGCAGAUCCAUUGUCAACAAUCUCGACAGUGUUGCUGACUCUGGCAGACUCGAGGCACGCGCUGAAAGCAGCAGUGAAGAAAAAAAACGCCUAAAAAAGGAAGCGCAUGAUAAGUUAGAGCAGGAGGCAAGGGCGAGAUCAAAUUACCAGUGCCCUCACUGCCCGGCUUAUUUCUCGAAUGCCAAGCCACUGAAUAUACAUCUAAGCCUGGGUCACCUUGGUCUACCCGCAUACAAUGCCAAAACCGGGCGCCCUGUUGAGUAA